AUGGUGUCCUCCAAGAAGCAACUGUCCGAGGACUCUUCCCGGCCGGAUGACCUCAACAUGACCAUGGCUUGGACAGGUUAUGGAGAAUCCAGCGAUCCGCAGGAGUACGUCAAUUCUGAUGACUAUCCCUACUACAUAAGCCUCGAGGCAGACCACUACCACCAAACCUCUUUUGGUAUGGCGGCAUCUGACUACUCCCACAUAUGCUCCCGGUCCGACAUGACGCCUCGCUCGUUCGCGGUCAACCCUAGGGCAUCUACUCUCGACCUACAGGAGCAACUGCAACAGGAUCACCAGUAUCUCGAGGCACUCCACAAGUCGGCUGCAACCCGUCGGGUCCAUGGCGGCUGGGCACAGCACGGGCAUCGAGCAAAUCCAUGCAUCACCGAGCAAAACCUGGCGACGCUCGGUGGCCAGUCUAGCCAGAGCGGGCGGAAAUCCCAGCUCUACCACCGCCCCAAGACAAAGCUCACCACUGCCACCCACAACCCUGGCGCGUCCUCCAAGGACCAAGCCGCCAAACUGGCCAAGGGCGGCCGGCGAGGCGAUGAAAAGUGUGGCACCAAGUCCAGCCGUUGCUCUGGCUAG